UCUCUCACUCUCUCUUUUUCUCUGGCAUUUUUUUGUUGUUGUUGUUUCGCUUUUUUUCACUUUCUAAUAAUCUCUUUUAUUUCCGAAGAGAUAAGCUCCAAUCAAUGUUACAUCAAUCACUUUGACUUAGCCUUACUUAUAAUGAUAGGCCUACUUACAUAGAUCUAGACUAGAUCUCGAGAGCUGGAAGUCUAGAUCUAACCAAUCUAGGGCUUUCGGGCCGGCUUAUUUAAAAUAAUAGAAUUGAUUUACACGGUCACUUAGAGUAAACUCUUAGUCUUAAACUAAAGUUAAAAGACUAAUAACUUAUAGAGUCUUUAUCCAUAAAAUAUAAGAUCAUAGCCUUAGCCUAUAGAAUCUACAUCCUAUAUCUAGAUAUAAGAUUCUAGUCUAAUUACUUGUAAUAGUAAUAUUAAGCCUAAUGGCUUGUGGCUGUGGAAAUGAACCAAUUCUUGUACCAAUCCACGCUUUUCAUGAUGAAGAAACUGAUGUUCUUGUCCAAAUAGUAAUUGAACAUUUAAAAAGGAAAUCAAAACAUGCUGCCAAAAAUGCUGAUAUUAAAGUGGAUUACAAGCUUCGAGGGUUCCUGUUGACUGCAGAUGUUCAGCUUCCAAACAAACAGAUAAAAAAAUACAGAUUAGCAUACACAGAGAAACUACCUGAGAUCGACACAGAGAAGUGUUAUCAUAAGAUCAAAGAUGGAGCCAUUAAAAUGUUUAUUAGGAAAAAAGGUCAAGCGGAAGAUUGGGACAAAUUCAUACGAGAAACAAAAGUGAGAGCACUAGCUGACAGUAAUGACGAAGGCUCUCAUUAAAUUAUUCCUCGCACUUGACAUUCAAGCCACACCCAAAGAUAAACCAAAUUUCACUAGUUAAAAAUUAUGAUUUUUCUUAAGCAUAAACUGCCUAUUAUGUACAUUAUAAAAUUAAGAGUCUUAAAAAUUCAUAGAGAUGUUAUUGAAAAACAUAAAAAAGCUAUCCCUUUUUCUAAGUUAAUUGAUACAUUUAUUUAAUUUAUUUUACAGAAUAAUUUGCAUAAAACUGAACUACUUUGGACCAUGUUGUUAUCCACUUUAAGUUUUAUUCAUACUCUUGAAGCUAGUCAUAGAACCAAAUAUUUAUUAGAUUUUCAUUUUUUAAGAUAAAUUUGACCUUUGAUUUGAUUAUUUUGUUUUAUUUUUGCAUAUAAAUGUAAAAAAAAAUACAGCAAUAACUGUUCAUGAAGUUUUGUCCUUAUGCUGCUAAAAAAUGCAUUUUAUAAAUUAUUGACUUACUACUUCAUUACUUUGCUUACACAUUUGGCUCUAAACUGAGAAGAAGAAGAAAGGUUCAUCGGCAUGUGUGUUUGAUGUUGGUGUGUACUGUAGAGAUUACAGGGCAUAGAGUCUAGUUUUAAUUUCUUCAUCCAAAAUGUAAAAAAAAAAAUAUGGGAACCCCUUUUAGACUCUGCAAUCAAUGGGUGCAGAUAAUGUAUCUGUGGCCAACUAUUAAGGAGGGUGCCAUGUGGCCAGCACAACGACCAACCGUCAUUACUUCAAGUUGGGUACUUAUUAUAGAAGUUUAAAAUCCCAGACAUAAUGGAGAUUUAAACUUGUACUACUCAGCCUUCACACUCGAUCCUAUGUGACCAUGUUAUUAGAAUAAUAAAUUUGGUUUUGUAAAAUUUGUUAUCUUUAUAAAAAAUUUUGUAUUCUACCAUUGUAAAAUAUGAAAGAUAUAGACAUUUUAUAAAAAAUUUGGGUUACUAAGUCAGAUGAAAGAAAUAUUUCUUAAUGUAUCAAAAUUUAGUCGCAAACAUGAAAAUGAUUUUUAAAUCCUGAAAUUAGGUGUUUCUUAUUCAUAAUCAACAAUCUUGAAAAGAAUUUUUAGAAAAUGGAUAUUUUGAUAGUUUAACAAUUCUACACUAUACAAAUUUUUGUUUACUUUAUUUUUACAUCUUUUAGAAUUGGUUGUCUACCUUCUCUUUCCAUUCAUACAUUUUGUUCUAUUCAUUUGAUGGAAAAAAAAAUAUUUAGAAAAUAGUUAGUGUAGUAUAAUGAUUUUCUAUUGUUUAAUAUGAUAUAAACUAUUUUGUUUUUGUUGUUACUAAAAAUUCACAUUUUUAAAUAUUUUUUUUUUGUUAUUACCAAUUCACAUUUUUAAAUAGUUUUUUUGUUUAUAGCUUAUCAAUCUCAAUUUUUUUUAUAAAUUAUGUAUAGUAUGCCCUUUGAUGUUUUCUUUUUGAAAUGUGUUCUUUUUACUUUACUUUUCAUGUUCACAUAAAAAAGUGCUCGAGAUAAACAAUAGUUGUUCUACAACAAACAAAAAUACACGUAUUAUGUUGAGUUUAUUUUUUUAAAUUCAUAAACAAAUUUAUGCAAUAUCUUGCUGGUCAUGUUUUGUCAACAUGAUUGUAUGGCUUUGAGUCCUGCCCGACUUUUUGGUAACUUUACAAAUUUACAUUGUUUUAUAAUUUUAUUUCUUGGUAAUUUUAUUUUUUUGCUUCACAUUUUUAUGAACUAUUUUAAGAAUUUAGUCAUUAUUUUGAGGCAAGCUUUAUCUAAUAAAAAAAUCUAGAACUUCUAAAAA